AUGACGGACCAACAAAGAUUUCAUAUAAAAAUUGAAUUGAAACUACAAGCAGUUACCUGUCCCGGAGUGUGGUUAUGCAGCCAUGGCUAUUUGGAGGUUACCAUUAAAACCUUGGGCUAUUUCUUUCGUACUGGGGCCAUGGAACCAUAUUUUCCAUUACUAUGCCAUGACCAUUAUAAAAUGGAAGGUUACUUCAAAAACACUCCCUCCAUUGCUUCAUUGAUUAGUCAAAUGCAUACAGAGCCUUUGGAAAUUACGUUGUGGCAAAGUGGCCGAAGAUUGGCGUAUUAUCAAGGAAGUCUUAUGGAUCUAUUACAAAUAUCGGAACCCAAAUUACAUUGUCCCCAUAACAAUAUUAAACAAUUACUUAUGAAGACAACAACGGCAUUUCCGGGUAUCAUAGCACCAAAAAUCGAACUGGCUGCUGAAUUUUUUGUUAAGGAUAAAAUAUUCAACGUUGGCAAUAUCAAUGAGGAAUUGAAAUCGUUUACAAAACAUGCUCGUAAACCUUUUACUGGUUUGCCGUCUAAACAAAUGAACAAUAAUUGUAAUAUAAAAACACAUUGCUAUCAAAGGCCAUGUAUUGUAAAUGCUGACCCUUAUGAUGAAUUGGAAUGCCAUGGACCACGUAAACAGAGACCUGUUUGCCAUGCUCGGGAUUUACCAGGUUCAAAACCAUUUGAACCCAUUUUCAAAACUAACUCCAGGAGGGUAUCUAUGGUAUCUACUUGCUCUUCUAUUAAUACCCAAACCUCAGCUGGAAUAUAUGAUCUGGCCCAAGACCCAAGUGUGGAUGAUAUGCCCAAAAUCCAACAUGGAAGUGGAGAUUGUUGUGAAUUGUGUCGCCAGUACAAGGACGUAUUUAAAAGAUAG